ACCAGGGCAAAUCUACCAUAAAGAGAAGAAAGUGAUCGAACAGAGGCGAACGAACGUCUCGUCUUUUCUUAUAUAUUGAGUAACAUAAAUGCUGUCCUUUACCUCCUUAUAGUAUUUUCGUUACAUCUUGUAGAAGCUGUUGCUAAUUUUUCGAGAACUUUGAUAGACUCGCUAAUACCGUAAAUUAAGCUAGCUAACGUUAGACAGACAGCGACGAUUUAUUUCAUCCAGGUUUUGCUUGGCGUAUUUGUCUGAUUACCUACAUUCAGAAAUAAUUCGAUAUUCUCUGAAUUUGGUGGAUUUACGUUGGUCUGUGAGAAAUUCCGAACAAUGGUUCAAAAAGAUAAGACGCUGGAGACUCCUCCGGUGGACGGUGAGCAGAGCCCCAGCCCAGUCUCCGGAGAGGCUUGUGCCGAGGCCCUUGGCCCGGUGGAAGAGUCCGACAUUGCAGUCGAACCGACGGGGCACCGAAAAUUCAUAAGUGGAGUCGUCGAAGGCUUUUAUGGUCGACCAUGGACAAUGGAACAGAGGAAAGAGUUGUUCAGAAGGCAGCAGAAAUGGGGACUGAAUACAUACCUUUAUGCACCCAAAGAUGACUACAAGCACAGAAUGUUCUGGAGAGAGCUGUACUCAGUGGAAGAAGCAGAACAACUCAUGACUUUAAUUGCUGCUGCUACGGAGCAUGGGAUAGAGUUCAUCUAUGCCAUUUCCCCCGGACUGGACAUCACCUUCUCUAAUCAGAAGGAGGUUUCUGCACUCAAGAGGAAACUCGAUCAGGUUACUCACUUUGGCUGCAAGUCAUUUGCCUUACUUUUUGACGAUAUUGACCACAACAUGUGCCCUGCUGACAAAGAGGUGUUCAGCUCAUUUGCACACGCUCAGGUUUCCAUUACAAACGAAAUCUACCAGUACCUGGGAGAGCCUGAAACCUUCCUCUUCUGUCCAACUGAGUAUUGUGGAACAUUCUGCUACCCAAAUGUCCCUCAGUCCCCCUACCUCCACACAGUAGGAGAGAAGCUACUGCCUGGCAUUGAUGUGCUAUGGACAGGCCCCAAGGUGGUGUCCAAAGAUAUCACCGUAGAGUCUAUUGAAGAGGUUUCAAAAAUCCUAAGAAGAGCCCCUGUGAUCUGGGACAACAUUCACGCCAAUGAUUAUGACCAGAAGAGGCUUUUCUUGGGUCCAUACAAAGGCCGCUCCACAGAGCUUAUCCCCAGAUUGAAGGGAGUCCUCACUAACCCUAACUGCGAAUUUGAGUCCAACUUUGUAGCGAUCCACACUCUGGCCACCUGGUACAAGUCUAAUAUGAAUGGGGUGCGCAAGGAUGUGGUCAUGACGGAUGGCGAGGACAGCACAGUGUCCAUCCAGAUAAAGUUGGAGAAUGAGGGCAGUGAUGAAGAACUCGAGACAGACAUGCUGUACAGCCCACAGCUUGCUCUAAAACUGGCUCUCACCGAAUGGCUAGGGGAAUUUUGUGUUCCUCAUCAAUACAACAGCCGACAGGUGCCUCAGAGUGGUGCCAAAAGCACAGCCAUCGAUGUGUCAUCCAUGGCUGCUCCCUCUCUCUGCUCUUCCACAACAGUCACAACCGUGUUCCAGCAGCCCAUCAUGUCUCCAGCCAUGCCGCCUCUCUGUCUGGAUCCACUCUCACACCCCUUGGCAAAAAGACCUCAGGAGGAAGAGGAGGUAGAGGUGGAGAAGAAGGAUUCAGAUGAGGAGCCCAUGGAGAUGGUGGUUGAGAAGAUGGUGGAUGAGCCAGAGCCAGAGGCAGAGGCUGACCCUGAGGAGAAGCACGUUGGUCCCAUCUUGGCUGACAAGAUGGCUGAGGACCUGAAGCCUAUGGAUACAGACAAGGAGAGUCUGGCAGAGUCCAAGUCCCCUGAAGAGUCAAUCCAGGAGGACUCUGGGAGCGAUAUCGCUCCUAUGCAGACAGACGACCAGCUCAAACAGGAUGUGUUUGUGCCUGGGCCCAAUGAGAAGCCCCUGUUCACGGCAGAGCCCCUCACACUUGAGGACCUGAGCUUGCUGGCAGAGCUCUUCUACCUGCCUUAUGAACACGGAAACAAGGCUGUGCAGAUGUUGAAGGAGUUCAACUGGCUAAGAGCAAACAGCAGUGUCGUCAGUGUCAACUGCAAGAGAAAGGAAACUGACAAGGUAGCAGAAUGGCAAUCAAGGGCAGAGAAGUUUGAGGAGAUGUGCGCCUCAGUCAUCCAGAUGUUCACACGGCUGUCCAAUUCAGCCAACCGCACCAUCCUGUACGACCUGUACCCUUACAUCUGGGACAUCAAGAGCAUCAUUUCUAUGGUCAAGUCUUUUGUCCAGUGGCUAGAUGGAAGAAUCCACAGUACAAGUUUCUACUGCUAUUGGAUCGACAGUGGCCGAUGGUGUCGUAGUCAGUCCUCAGCACAAUUCCUUAGAGGAGACCAAGAGCCCUGGGCCUUUAGGGGAGGUCUAGCAGGAGAGUUCCAGAGAUUGUUGCCAAUAGAUGGGGCAAACGAUCUUUUCUACCAACCUCCACCUUCAAUGCCAACCUCCAAACUUUAUUCCAUAAGGCCAUACUUUCCCAAAGAUGAGGCAGCGGUUUAUAAAAUCUGUAAAGAAAUGUACUGUGAAGGACUGGAGGAUGUUCCGUUCUCAGAUGAGGAUCCUGACCUCAUAGGAGACAGGUUAGUAGGAGGUCUCCUGACACUGAGUUCAGAGUAUGGGUUUGUGCUUGAGGAUGAAGAAGGGAUCUGCGGUUAUGCUCUUGGUACUGUGGAUGUCAAGCCCUUCAUCAAGAAAUGCGAGUUGAGUUGGAUUCCAUUCAUGCAAGAGAAAUACAACAAACCUGACUGUCAGAAGGACCUCACAGAGGCUGAGAAGAUGAUGCUGAGUUUCCACGAAGAGGACGAGGGUCUUCCAGACUCUUUCCUUUCCAACUUCCCCUCCCUCAUCAAGGUCGACAUUCACGCCAAAGUCACUGAUCCCAGUGUGGCCAAAAGCAUGAUGGGGUGUCUUCUAUCUUCUCUCAAGGCCAAUGGGUCCCUUGGUGCAUUCUGUAAGGUUCGUCAGACUGAUAAGAGAAUGUUGGACUUCUAUAGUAAGCUGGGAUGCUUUGAAGUCGCCAAAAUGGAGGGCUUUCCCAAAGAUGUCAUCAUUAUGGGACGCAGCCUAUGAAGAAACAUCCUGCUGCAAUACCAGACAGACAGAGAGCAAGCAAGUCGACGUGGCGUAAACAUGUUUGCUACCUUCAUGAGAAAAACUUCCAUGAUGAUUUUAUACUACAUUACCAUCUGGGCUUGCCCCGGAAAACCUCUUUUUAGGAUUUGUGUACAGAAGCACAGCAGUCGCACACACAGAUUCCCUAUGCUGCCCUUUUUCUGACUCUGUUGGAUUCAGCAGAUCUGAAGCUAAAAGGCAGAGAGUGAUCUAUAGUCAGAUGGAAGAGUGGCACUCCAGCAUUGAUUCCUGGGGUCCCACUACUCAUAUACCUCCAGGAGGCAGGAAGUAAUAACUCCAUAAGCCUUUUUCUGAUUUAAUCCAGUAGCCAGUACAUGGAUUUUGCCCGCACGCCCAAACACAUAGUGUUUGUAUCUGAAAUGGAGGCAGAGCUGUGAAAUGAGGGCAGCCUGCAUCUCAGGUAGUGUCUUGCUACCCCUACGUCCUGCUUUCCCAGCUUUAACAUAGAGAAAUAACACAGCUGUCAACAUAAGUAGGACACCUUUGUACAGGAUGUGAGGUGCUGUGUGAGAGUUUGCCUUUCAUCAUCACAUUAUGGUAUUUCCAGUUGCUCCACAAUAUACCUGGAGAAAGAGGCCUUUUAAGUGGGGUGUUUCUAACAAAAAGUGAUGUGAAGAGCGACGUCUGUACGUAUGAACAUGUGGGUGGAAAAUUGUAGCUUUGGGGUUUGGUGAAACCCUUAAUAAAAGAUCAUCACAGACCAGCAAAGGAGAAGUAUUUGUUGAGUCUGCUAAAGACUCGACCAGGGGGUCUUCUGAAUUUCCGUUCAAGUAGUAGUCGGCAUUUGGAAAGCAAUAGAAAAGCUUCCACAAGUUUACAAACAUGGUUCUCAUUUCUGUUCAGCGCUUCGCUUGUGGCCAUUUGUUUGUUUUUAUAAAUCAGUAUUUUUUUGUGCUUAUUUCCUGUUAAGCUUUUGCCUUUUGGUUCUUUGCCUUCACAUUUUGGAAUUAUAUUGCAGACCCCAGUGUCUUCUGUGUAAAGGCUUUCUAACAUGUGUCAGUCAGAUACAGCUAAAGAAGGGUCAUUUUCCCUUGCCGCUGCUCAGAUUCCACAGACACAGCCCUAACAUUGACAGUCACAUGUCUUAGUUUUGCCGUACCAGACCGCAGGCUCCAGCACAGAAAUCCCUCAGUAAGCCUAAACUGACUGACAGGGAUAUGCCUGUCAGAGGAAGCUAGGACCGUCUUGUUAAGUUCUGUAAAAUGUUGCAUUUACUAAUAAGUGAAUGAGAAGUUAAGUUAAAAUGAAUAAGAAUCCUAAAGACAUGGAAGCAUCAACCCUCCCGCUGUCAUGGUCAUGCUCAGUUUUUAUGUAGCCACUAAUUCCAAAUCUGACUUGUAAACAGCAGGUAAUCUCGGCUACAUUCAAGAGCUGUGCCGUGCGAAAGGGUCACCUUUUGCUUGUUAUCCUUGAUUUAAAAAAAAAAAAAAAAAAAAAAUUAUUUACAUCUGUCAUCUUGCAUCCCUGCCUGCAUUGUUUCAACAUUGCUGACUCUCAAAUGAAUGUCUUCUCAGCUGAGCCUCGGUGAGCGCCCUCAGCAUCACAGAGGUUAAUAAAUCCUGUCACCGAAGUGACUCCUGCACUGUUCAACUGUUGUUGGGCUUGGAGCAUAAAUUCCUCGGCCUUUUCCUAUCUGUCCAUUGAAUGUUUUAUAUUCCGAUGCAUUUCCCAUUUGUUUUUGUAUGUAUAUAGUUACUUUAAAAAAAAAAAAGCACUUGGAC